AUGCAACUUAAGGAAGAGUUGACUCUCAUUCAGCGAGAGUCCCACUUAGCCUCGAAGUAUCUCCAUGUCGUCAAGGUUUUAGUUGAUGAACUUGUUGUGAUUGACUCUCUCAUCUCAGCAAGUGACAUUACUUUGUAUGCCCUCGAUCAUCUUGGUCCUAAAUUCCGUGAGAUUGCAGUUCCUAUUCGGGCAUGUGAUACUUCUCUUAUGUUUAAGGAGCUUUAUGACAUGCUGGUUGGCCACGAAAGUAACUUGCGACAUGUUGAUGCUUCCAGUUUCAUUUUGGUUGCCACUGCAAACACCACUCACCACUGCCCUACCGCGUCCACAUUCAAUUGCAACCAACAUUCUAGCCCAGGUUCCUAUGGUCAACAUCGCCCUAACUUUGGUCGUUUUAUUCGCAAGGAGCAGUCUGGUAAGUCCUGGAUUAUUUUUCGGCCGUGUGACAAAGUGGGCCACUCGGCCAAGACUUGUCACUCAGUUUAA